AGAGAACAUACUCGGAAAAAAAGGAGAGAACAUAAAUCGGUGUUAGUUGCUUACGCCGCUCCGAAGCCACUUCUGGAAGCCGCCGAUUUCUUGCACCGGCAGCAGCGCGCGAAAUCUGGAGAGGAAAAGAUGGUGUUCGAGGCGACCGAAGAAGCUCUACAAGUGUUGAAUUCUUCUCUUUCUCACCUCAAAUGGCGUCUUAAAUCUCCAGCUAAGCGCCGUCUCGAGAUAGAUGUUCUUGCAUUACUGACAGGAAUGAGGCCAGUGAUAAUGGUCGAUUAUGGCGGGAAGAUGCCUGAAUUACAGCAACACCUUUGUUCCCUCAUCAAACAUUGCCACCAGGAGUCGGCGGUUUUCGAGUGCCUAAGAGUGAUGGUUGUGGAUGAUAUGAUCUAUCUGAUACACAUUAAAGGACUUGCAGAGUAUGCCAGGACAAGCUUGAACUCAGAAGCAGAAUUUUAUUUUGUCAACCUAGAGCAGGAACCACUGAAGAUGGUUUCACAAAAGCAAGACUGCCCCUUGGGAGCUGAUUUCUUGAGACUGCAGAGAUUGUUCUCCCAAUUCUUUCCCCUUGAUGAAGCGAAAGAUGAUGCCUUGUUGCCUGAUGUGAAAGACACUGUGGCCAAUGUCGAACCUAGCACUUCGUUAUCUGCUGGACAUAUUGAUCUCAGCAGUUGCAUGCAAGAAACUCAGAUCACUGUCCCGACUCUAAACGGAUGGCUUCUUGGCUACCCUGUAGUGUAUUUGUUUGGCAAGGAGUUCAUAUCAGAAGCAAUAUGUAAUCUGUCAACGAAGAAUCUGCAUCUCUUCAGAAUAUUAGUCCGCAGAGGUAAUGGUGCAUCCAGUAAGGGAUCCCAGCCUGAAGAACUAAUGAGGUAAAUAAUAUCCUUAUUCUUCUGGCUAUGGAAAGCAAGCUAGCUGGGUUGGUUUGUAGCCUCUCGAUGAAUAACAUCGUUGAGUCAGUAUCGAUGCAUUGACGUAAUUCUUGCUUAGCCGAAGUUUAUUAGGUGUGAUGCCAGUUUCUUUGUGUACUAAGCAAAAAUUGCCGCAACAGCUUCUCAGUGCCAUACGAGCUGAGCAUGAGGGGAAGGAAGGAGCCAUGGGCAGAGGCAUUUCUGGAGCGCUUGCAGUUCAAGUGGCAGAACUGCAAGCAGACUUGGGUGUUUUUGGAAAUGGAGGUCGAAGAGUGCUACCCACAAGCAAUAGUGCUGUAACACUACUCCGGAUGGAAACACAACCCGAUUUCACCUUGUCGUCGACUAUCGCACAAUGAAGUCGCGAUACAUGCUCAAAGUAAUCAUUAGUCAAAAUCAGCAGAUAAUUUAGCAGUGAUGUAACUCAUUUUCUCUCCAAUUAAAGCGAUUGGUGUUGUAUGCUCAUUGUAUCAACUAUAGCAAUUGAAGUUCCUUGGUGUUCAUUGAGUGCUUGACUCUAAACUAAUACGAUCAUCAAAAAAUUUAAACGUAGUUAGUAUAAAUGCGAUUACUAUGCAGAUAUUAGACGAAUUUUUGUUAAGCAUGUACAAGUUACAUACUGAUAGUCUGAUUCUGAUACUAUGGUUGAGUAUUUAUUCACUCGGCGAGCGAAAGUGCGAGAUAGAAAAUUGUCGAGCUAGAGGAGAAGAUAAUCACAAACCACGAUCGAAGAGAAGAAUAAACAGUGAGAGCAGGAAAAAUGUCAGGAGGAAUCUCUCAGGACUGGGAACCCAUCGUUAUCCGCAAGAAGGCUCCGACCUCUGCCGCCAAGAAGGACGAGAAGGUUGUGAACGCUGCUCGCCGCGCCGGUGCUGAGAUUGAAAGCAUCAAGAAAUGUUAGCUCUCUUCGUCUUCGUUCUUUAUCGUUUGCUUUUUGGUUCUCUCUAAUCAUUUCCGUUUCAUCUGUUGUUUCUUCCCUUCCUUUU